CACCGUCUGAAACGCAAGGAAACCCGCUUUGGGGAAAGAUUGGGAAGAUUUUUUUUUUUUAAGAGUUGAUUUCCUCCUGGACGAGGUGACUCUGGAAAGAUGAAGCCGAGCCGACGUGUUUUGCUAGCAGCUUUUCUGUCUCUCAUUUUGCAGCUGGGGAUUUGCCAUGGAAUAAAAUGGCUAGCGUUAUCCAAGACUCCCCCGGUCCUUGCCCUGAAUCAGACCCAGCAUUGCAAACAGCUGGAAGGCCUGGUAAUGUCCCAAGUGCAGCUGUGCCGCAGCAACCUAGAGCUCAUGCAAACCAUCAUCCAGGCGGCGCGAGAAGUGAUAAAGACAUGCCGCAAAACGUUCUCUGACAUGCGCUGGAACUGCUCCUCCAUUGAGCUGGCCCCUAACUACCUGCUGGAUUUAGAGAGAGGCACAAGGGAGUCAGCAUUUGUAUAUGCCCUCUCCGCUGCUGCCAUCAGCCACACUAUUGCCAGGGCCUGCACCACGGGGGACCUCCCUGGCUGUUCCUGUGGUCCCAUCCCAGGUGAGACACCUGGACCUGGGUAUCGAUGGGGAGGAUGUGCUGACAACCUCAACUAUGGUCUUAUCAUGGGGUCCAAAUUUUCAGAUGCUCCCAUGAAGAUGAAAAAAUCAGGAUCACAAGCCAAUAAGCUGAUGCAUCUGCACAACAGUGAAGUAGGGAGACAGGUCCUCAAAGCCUCUCUGGAGAUGAAAUGUAAGUGCCAUGGAGUAUCUGGGUCCUGUUCUAUCAAGACCUGCUGGAAGGGUCUGCAAGAAUUGAGGGACAUUGCUCAGGAUCUCAAAAACAAGUACUUGUCGGCCACUAAGGUGGUGCACAGACCCAUGGGAACUCGCAAGUAUCUGGUGCCAAAGGAUAUCGACAUCAGGCCGGUUAAAGAGACGGAGCUGAUUUACCUGCAGAGCUCACCUGACUUCUGCAUGAAGAAUGAAAAAGUGGGAUCUCACGGGACACAAGACAGGCAAUGCAACAAGACCUCCAAUGGCAGCGACAGCUGUGACCUGAUGUGCUGCGGCAGAGGCUACAACCCGUACACAGACAAAGUGGUGGAGCGGUGCCACUGCAAGUACCACUGGUGCUGCUAUGUGACCUGUAAAAAAUGUGAGAGGACUGUCGAAAGAUACGUGUGCAAAUGAAACCUCCGAGCGAUGUGAUGCUAAAGGCACCAAAGCACAGUUUACAAAAGAAGAAGCCUUUCCCCAACCAGAUAUCAUUAAAGACAUGGAUCUGGAGAAAGACAACUUAAGAAGAAUGCAAUUAUGACAGUAAAAAUAACACUUUUUUUUUUCUUUUUGUACUUUUCAAUAGAAAACAUAGAAGUUUUCCCCACCAAUAAAACUCUUCCUUUGAGAAGAUGGGGACUUACACCAAAACACAUUCUGGAUGGUACCUUCUUGCAAAAAUAUCAUUUCUGACAUUUGCCAAUGACAUGCAGCUAUCAAGUGCCUUUAGUACCAAGAGAAACAGGAAAAGACGCUUCCCCGGGGGGAAGAAAAGCAACUGUGACUGAGAAUGAUAGAGGCUA